AUGAUCUCUCACUUAGCAGCAGAGCAGUUUAUUCUAAACAAGUGGAACCACAAAGAUGUUCAGACUUUUUGGUCUUCUCGUUUUCAUUAACACUUCACUGGCUGUGGAUGUUGUUCAGCCCAGCCACCUGAUGAAGGUCCUGCAUGGAGACAGUGUGACCCUGACAUGCUUCCGUCCAGAAGAUGUUCCUUUGGCUGUUUGGUUUAAGCAGGCUGCUGGUCAGAAGCCCCAGCUCAUGGUGAAAGCACUUCGCUACUUUCCUGGUGAAUUUUACGAGGAAUAUAAAAACAUAAAACGUUACUCCUUACAGAAUGCAGAGGGGAGUUUUAACCUCACUAUUUCCAACGCGGAACCAUCAGAUUCUGCAGUGUAUUACUGUGCUGCUGUGUUCUAUAAUGAAAUCGCAUUUGGAAAUGGAACCUUUGUCAUAAUCACAGGUAAAGACUCCAACAGCAGGACUGUGGUACAGCAGCCUGUGUCUGACACAGUGCAGCCUGGAGACUCUGUGAGCCUGCAGUGUACAAUAGAGACUGGGAGCUGUGCAGGAGAACACAGUGUUUACUGGUUCAGACAUGGAUCAGGAGAAUCCCUUCCAGGAGUCAUUUACAGCCAUAGGAACAGGAGUGAUGAGUGUGAGAAGAGCCCUGAGGCUGGAUCUCCUACACGGAGCUGCAUCUACAGCCUCCCCAAGGGGAACCUCAGCCUCUCUGAUGCUGGGAUUUACUACUGCGCUGUGGCCAUGUGUGGGGAGAUGCUGUUUGGCAAUGGGACCAAGCUGGAUAUAGAUGGCUUUCAGAAGCUGCUGGAUCCUCUUCACUCUGGCUUGCUGAUAGUUUUAUCUUGCAGCAUUAUUCUGAACGUUGCUCUCAUUUGUAUGAGAUAUAAACUGACCUGUACGCACUGUGCAGAUGAAAAGAACAGUGAUAUAUCAAAAACGGAAUGGUCACGCGAGCAGUGCCAUGACGAGGACACACUGAAUUACGCUGCCCUGAACCUUAAGAAGCCAAAACCCAGGAGACAGAAGAAAGACGGGAAUAAUGACACUCUGUAUUCUGACCUCCGCUACAGAGAUUAUGAAUAAAGAUGCUUCUCAUUCAUGUCAGUCACACAGAGUGUUCAGGGUGUAGCUUUAAUAAUGUUCAGAGGAGGGCAGGGGAGCCAGUGCUUCUGAGACUGAAUCACGGGAUUUUACGGAGCACCGGUGCUGAGUUUGGUGUCAGUGUGUUUAGGGUGCAUUUUUACUGGAAGUUCAAAUGUUCAGGCCAGACUGAGGAGAGGC